CACCGUCCUGCCGUCGUGCGAGCCAAACGACGAUCCAGCCUUCUCCUUCUCUGCCGCCCACUCCACCGACGGCCUGUCGACCCCUACAUACCUUCGAGGCGACUCGUACCCAGCAUCAAGCCUACCUGCGCGCCUGCAGACUGGCUCCCUCGUCUCUACCGAAUACGCUUCAAGCACAGCAGCCUCAUCACCUUGUGGUGUUGCCGACCUGUCCAUUGACAGCGACCGAGGAGGCGAUAUUUCUGGCACAGAGACUGGCACUGCGCUGACGUCCCAUUCAGCCAGAAGCCGGUCUCCCUUCAACGUUUCCCGCCGCGCCAUCAUGACCAGUGAUGCCAACCCUCACCAGCGUUCCUCCUCUCCCUUGAAACGAAGAGCCUCCAGCAUGGAUCCCGAUGCCGAUGUCAGUAUGAAGGAGGAAGAUGUCGAGAUGGCCUCCACCAACCACCACCAGCAGCAGCAGCAGCAGCAGCAACAGUCAGCCGAGGGUGCCGAGUCAGCCCCGGCUUCCUCCAACACACACUUGCCUAGGGCUAUGAGUGUCGACCUGCCCGAUAAUGUUGCAAAAGGAGCAUCCAACAAAUCCAAUGACAAAGAUCUUCCCCCUCUCGAAGAUCAAAUCAAGACCAUUCAGACCCUCCUCAAGGCCUUCAACGACGAACCCCCGAAAGUUGGCGAUGUCGCAUACGUUGUGUCGAGAUCAUGGGUGGAAAAGGCUUUGGCGCUUGGCGGAGACCCCAAGUUUGCCAAGAAAGAGACGAUAAACGAGCCGCUAGGCCCCGUGGACAAUUCCGAUCUCAUUCUCGAGGUCCUGUCCCAGCCCAGCGGUGACGACUUUGUCCGGAUGAAGCCUGGUACUGGCAUGGAGGAGUGCGAGCUCUUCCCGGAAGACGCCUGGACGCUCGUCUCCGAGUGGUAUGGCGUCGGUGAGGGACAGAAGCCCAUUGUGCGCAGCGCUAUCAACGCGGCGCCCGAUUCGACGAGCGAGAAGAACGUCAUGUUUGAGCUGAACCCGCCCGUCUUCACAAUCCACAGACUCUGGUCCAUGGCGAGUCCUUUCAAGAUUAAGGACGAGCUGAAGAGCAAGGAGCCCCUCGUCCUGGCCCGGAGUGCCACCACACCCUACAAUCCAUUCUAUAAAGAGCUGAAGGAGCUCACCGGGGUCCCUCUGGAUCGUAAGAUGAGGGUCUGGCAGCUCACUCAACAGCCCGAGGCGCAAGAGUCAUCACCUCGGUCUGCCCUCACACCGCCUGAUUCCCCAAACCCGGACAAGGACAGCGAGAGUUCGUCGGGCCCUUGGCAACGCAUGCUCGUGGAGGUGCCCAGCUUCACAAAGGUCAACGGCGGAGACCGACAGUUAGUACCUGCGGUGGACAACACUUCCAACCCCAAUUACAACGGCAACUCUCCCCUCUCGGUCUACGGACUGAUGCAAGACAUGACUCUCGUCAUUGAUGAAGAAAUUGCGAAGAACGCAUGGGUCUCAACCUACUUCAAAAAUGGCAAAAACGACAAGGUUCUGGCAUCUAGAGGCUCUGCCACGAGCCUGAAGGCCAACAGCAGUGGAAGAAGCAGCCCUGCUCCUCAAGGGCCCAUUACUCGAGGCCGGACCCAGCAGAAGAAGAAACCUGGCCGGGGCUUAGGCGCCGUAGGUCUUCAGAACCUUGGCAAUACCUGUUAUAUGAAUUCGGCCCUGCAGUGCGUCCGCAGCGUCGAGGAAUUGACAAAGUACUUCUUGACGGACAAGUACAAAGAGGAGCUCAACAAGGGUAACCCGCUUGGUUACAAAGGACAGGUGGCCAUGGCUUACGGUGGACUUCUUAAGGAGAUUUACAACGAGUCGAGAGGCGCAGUCAGUCCUCGCGACUUCAAGAACACAGUCGGUCGCGCUCGCGCCACUUUCCAGGGCUGGGGUCAACAAGAUACCCAAGAGUUCCUCGGGUUCCUUCUCGACGCUUUACAAGAGGACCUCAGUCGUAUCCAUAAGAAACCUUACAUUGAGAAGCCGGACUCGACAGACGACAUGAUCGGUGACGAGGAGGCCAUUCGCAAGAUGGCUGAGGAGGUGUGGGACAUCACUCGGAAGCGCGAUGACUCCGUGAUUGCAGACCUCUUCACUGGCUUGUACAAGUCCACUCUCAAGUGCCCGACAUGCGACAAAAUCAGCAUUACUUUCGAUCCUUUCAACAACCUUACUUUGCCGCUACCCAUGGAGGAUAUGUGGAGCCGGCCUGUCAAGUUCUAUCCGCUCAACGACGUGCCUGUGAAGUUUGAGAUCGAGCUGCCGAAGCACAGCGCCAUUGAGUUAUUGAAGAAGGCGCUCUCAGACAAGACGGGUGUGCCUGUGGAAUUGUUGAUGGGAGCAGAAGAGUUCAAGGGCAAGUUCUUCAAGGUCUACUCCGACGCCACCUCGGUUUCGGAGGAGAUUCAGUCCAACGAUAUACCUGCUUUCCACGAGCUGGAAUCGUCGCCGACCAACUACCCUCCCAAGCAGAAGAAGAUGGGUACGCCCAGCUCGAUGCUAGAGAUCAGCGAUGAGCCAUGGGUUGACCCACGCACCGAGCGUUUGCUGGUUCCUGUUCUUCACCGCAAGAAGACGGGCAACACUUACAGAUCGAGGGGAGACGAUAUUGCAGCACCCCCUCACUUCAUUGUUGUUACACCCGAGGAGUCCCGCGAUGAGGACGUCAUUCGUCGCAAGGUUUUGGAAAAGGUUGCUACGUUCUCUACCUGGUCCGAAUUUGAGGAAAUCGACGAAAGCACCGAUGCGGAUAUGGUCAUCACAUCCCAGUCAGAUGCUGACUCGUCAGGAGACAGUAAGGUUGUCUCUAACUCGGUCGAAGGCGAGGAUGACUUGGUGAACGUUUCUGUCGGCGCAGGCGAGCAACAGCAGACCCGGCGACCUACCCUGAAGCAGUUCAACAUUCGCCGCCCGAAGUGGGCGAAUCCCAAGGAGUACCUUCCGCCUCACCUCCAGAACUUGUUCGAGCUCAGCUUCUUUGGCGAGAGUAAUGACUAUGGGUUGCCCGUUGGCUGGAACACGGUGGACGACAAUAAAAGCUUUCGUCUCCUAUCUUCUCGCGCCCCGGAACUCCCCAACGAAGAUUCGAACAGCCCUGGCUCCACCAACGGUGCAGAUAGUGAGCACGAGAGUGUCAGCGAAGAGACUACUCCGCAGUCUGUUGAUGAGCAGACCCGCAUGGCGGAGGAGUCAGAAGAGGAUGAGCCCGUUCGCGUCAUCAAGGUAUAUAUUCACCGGGCGAGCGCAACGGCAGGAGAAGCGGCACAAGCUAACAUUACACAGCCAAUGAACCGCGGAAGGGGCAAUCACAAGGUCGGCGGAGCUCGCCGAAAGAACAACAAGGGCAACAAGACCUACGGAAAGAGGGGCGGCAAGCGUCGCAACAGAGACUCGCGGAACAGCAAAGAGCAGUCCUUCCACGUGGUCGACGUUGAGCCUCAACCAUCGCCUGAGGACGAUGUUCGCGGUGGCCCGCUCGUCCGCCUGGAUGAGGGCAUUGUCGUCGAUUGGUCUGAGGAAACUUGGGACUUGGUCUUUGGCAAGGAGUCAGUGCGCGACACCGAUGACAACCGUGGCUCAAAGACCUUCACUGAGCCGGAAGAGCUCAAGGACCCCGUCUUGGAACAGAAGCGUAAGUCGCGGAUGGCUCGCAAGAAGCAGGGUAUUACCCUUGAGGAGUGCUUGGACGAGUUCGAGAAGGCCGAAGUCUUGUCUGAGCAGGACAUGUGGUAUUGUCCACGCUGCAAGGAGCAUCGACGUGCUAGCAAAAAGUUCGAUCUCUGGAAGACGCCAGAUAUCCUCGUUGUCCAUUUGAAGCGGUUUAGCAGUGCUGGCUGGCGCCGCGACAAGCUUGACGUUUUGGUGGACUUCCCCAUCGAGGGUCUCGACCUUCACAAGCGGGUUCUCUGCCAGGAGACGGGCAAGGAAGAGAUCUACGACCUCAUCGCGGUUGACGAUCACUUUGGUGGCCUCGGCGGUGGCCACUACACUGCUUACGGGCGAAACUUUGUUGACGGCCAGUGGUAUAACUACAAUGAUACCUCGGCCAGUAAGACUUCGCCCGAGAGCGUCGUUACAAGAGCGGCCUACCUGCUCUUCUACCGGCGUCGGUCCGAGGGCCCAUUGGGCGGCCCUCGCUUCAAGGAGAUCUUCGACAAGUUCGACAAGGAUGGAGAAGACGAUGAUGAAGAGGACACCGAUUCGGGGGAAGAUCAACGUCUCGUCGGGGGCUCCUCCCUAACUGGAUCGUCGAGACUUGGGAUCGGAGCCGAAGCAACUCACCCGCGCGGAAAUCGUGGUUUGGCUAGUAACACAAUGUCCACGGCCAACCCGGGUGCAGAGGAUGAAUUGCCACCUUAUGAGGGUAGCUCCAGCACCAAUGUUGGUAGCGACAACAUCCAAAACAGUAUUGAGGAUGAGGGCAUCGGCAUGACGGACUACAACGGAGACUCGACUGCAUUCUCAGCUACGCAGGGCUGGAAUUGGAAUUCCUUGGACUCCGCUGACGGAAACAACAACUCCCUUGGUCUGGACGGGUACGGUAGUGAUGACGCACAGCCAGACUCGUCAGACGAGCGCGAAGUCGGCAACGACACUGAUAUGCAAUUUGAUGAGACCAUGGGAGAUUACGAGACCGCCCAUGAUGAGGCGCCUCCGCCACCCGACUUUGGCGCCCAGGUUGGUCUAUCAGAGAUCCAAACCGCCGCAUGGGCCCGUCAGAACAAUGCAGAGGUCAUAUCUGUGCCAGCUGCAGAUGAAGAUGCCGCUUCCACAGAGGCAGCCGAGAUCCAUCUCGACGACGACGCGGAGGCGCACGGACAGACUACUCGGUCACACUAGUUCUUGCCGAUGGAUCUGCUAGAUGAUUGCGAUGUAUUGUGAUUUCAAGAAGAAACCUGUUGUCCGCUUCGGCGUCGCAGAGAGAAACGAAGAGACGCCUGGACGUAUACCAAGAUGCGAGCACAGCAAAUGUGUUCAUGGGGCUAUGAACAAGUACUGAGGGUGUUGGUUCAUGGGAGGAGGGUUGCAUUACACAAAACAAAAGCAGAAAGGAUACAAUGAGGCGUAAAUAGAGAUAGAGUCCCCCUCAUGCCCUGGCAUAUACGAGGCUAGUCUUCCAUGGCCUCGUUGGUUUUUAUUGGAGUAUCGGUUGCAUGACGGCACGUGUGUAUGACUUUUGAUUAUAAUGUUAUGUUAUAAGAGGAUAUGGUAAAUCCUUAAAAGA